AAAAAACCCGCGCCUGCCGAGGCGAGGAAUGUUCUUUUCUUAAUGGCUCCGUUUCUAACAAGUCUACUACUGCUCCUGACACAGCUGCAGGCCACUGCCGCGACAGAGCCACUUGCCAGACGGACUGAGCAGCGGAACUCCGACGAUUCCUGCCCCUCUAAUGAAUACUGGGCUACCGACCGCUGCUGUAAAUGUUGUCCGGCUGGUGAAUAUGUCCAGAAGCCCUGCAUGGACCACCACACCACAGGAACUUGUGAGAAGUGUGACCCCGGGACAUUCAUGGCACACAGCAAUGGCCUGAGCUCAUGCCUCCUGUGCAGCGUCUGUAGAAAUGAUCAGGAAAUGGUGGCCGAGUGUUCUGCGACCAGCAACCGCAUGUGCCAAUGCCGAACAGGCCAUUUCUACCAAGAUUCUGGGUCCUAUGAAUUCUGCAGGAUCUGUACCAGGUGUCCCCCAGGGGUUCCUGUCCUUCAAGAAUGCAAUGCCACAGCAGACACAGUGUGCAGUUUGACUGGUUCAGAUCAGAAGAGGUUGCUAUGGAUCCUUUUCCCACUUGGGAUCGGGAUCGGGAUCGGGAUCAUCUAUUUCCGAAGAAAAAUAAUGACCUGGGUACAAGAUCUCAGGACUGUUAUACGAGACAAACUGUGGAAGUCAGUGAGCAGAACUAGUGACACCGGAGCUACAGGCAGGUCCUGGGGAGCUUGGGGUUAUGUGAUACCCCCAAGAAAAUGCUUUGCGCUUCAUUUUGUCGUAUUAGGGCUGUUUUCUUUCUCUGUUCUGCAUAGGCUUGAGUGGUUCUUGAGAGAAUGCUAAACUCACAGGGAGAAAUUCCUUCACUCCCUCCUACUGCUUCAGCUGUAACCUUUGGUGACUGGAGACAACAAACACUCUCUUACAGAGGCAGCACCUGGAAUCCACAUGGAGAUGAAUUCCUAUAAUCCCAGCACUCCUGAAGCUGAGGGGAACAGAUUAUUGAGUUCUAGCCAACCUACACUGCAGAGUGAGACUAUGUCUUAAAGAAGAAA